AUGGUUGCGCAGGACUUCAAAGUUGAUUUGAAUAAAGCCCUCGUAUUCCAGGUUGGCCAUCUUGGAGAAGCAUACCAGGAGUGGGUUCACCAGCCGAUUGUUUGCAAGGAAGGCCCUCGAUUUUUUGAAAAUGAAUUUUGGGAGUUCUUGACCCGCACAGUGUGGUGGGCAGUUCCUGUCAUAUGGCUGCCAGUCGUGUUCUAUUCUAUCUCCAUGUCUGUACGGAUGGGCCAUGGAUUUCCUGAAAUAGCUCUGAUGGUUUUCGCUGGCAUUUUCGUGUGGACAUUGCUUGAAUACACGUUGCACCGCUUUCUUUUCCACAUUGAAACAAAGAGCUACUGGGGGAACACUGCACAUUAUCUUCUUCAUGGCUGCCACCAUAAGCACCCAAUGGAUGGCCUGCGACUUGUUUUCCCUCCUGCUGCAACAGCUGUUUUAUGUGUUCCAUUUUGGAACUUGGUGAAGCUGAUUUCCGUUCCUUCUGUCACUCCUGCUUUGUUUGGAGGUGGUUUAUUGGGUUAUGUGAUGUAUGAUUGUACCCAUUACUAUCUCCAUCAUGGUCAGCCAUCAAGUGAUGUACCCCGAAACCUGAAGAAAUACCACUUGAAUCAUCACUUCAGGAUCCAAGAUAAAGGCUUUGGAAUAACUUCAAGUAUAUGGGACAGGGUGUUUGGAACACUUCCUCAAUCAAAAGCAGCCAAAAAGGACAGAUAA